GCUGUGCAGCAUGCAGCGCGUCUGGCGGAAAGGUCUACGAGCUCCGUGCACGACAUAAACAAAACAUUGCCUUUGCGCCCUUUUUGACUGGCGGUCGCACCGCGCGCGAAGCUACCUUUGAAGCGGUGAAAAACAGACCUGCACAUGUUAGACAUGUGGGGCGCGUUUGGAUUUAUGUUUGGCGAGGACUAAUUGGAUGAUUUUACUGAUAUUUUCUUGUUUUUGUUUCGGCGUUAAUCGAGUGAUUUAGUGGAUGUUCGCGGUGUUUUUGUGGCAGUGGAUUCACACCGGUGCACUCUACUCAGCUGUGAAGAUGAAUUCUGACGUUCAGAAAUCGAGCAAUCAGCCAGUCAGGAGGAGAGGAACCCCUAUUCCUGUGGCUCCUCCAAGAAUACCAACGCCAAUGCCAUCAAACAACAAUAAUACAAGAUCAAAUUCAAAAGAGCAGGACAAACAUGGUCCCUCGUCAGUUGGAACCGACAUACCGAGGCUUAUCACAAAACCGUCCUACAAGGUACUGGAUAACGACGUCAAAACGGCGUGGAUCAAUCCCAGGCUAAUCUCGAAGAUUGAUAUGGAAAUAAUAAAAAAGACGGAUUACGUGCUUCCCCCGGAGAAAAACAUGAAUGGCAUCCACCGCUCUCACCAACAAUACCAGAAGCAGCAGAAUUGCGGAAGAAUCCACGACAGAGAGUGGGAGAAUCCAGUCAAUGGUCGGUCGUCAUCAUCUGCGUCAGUGCCUGCCCUAACAUCGUCGGCUGUGGACGGAAAGCGGAAAAGCAGGCCGGCAGCCGGAAAAGCGAAAACUCCGAUGGAUCCUCACGCUGCUUCGGGCAGCAGGGCUCACACACAGAGUCGUUCGAGAAUCAAGCCACCCGCUUCUAAGUAUGUCUCUCAGAGGAAUGUCAAUGCGUCCCAGGACAGGGUGAAUGGUGUUUUGGGGUAUCAGCAGAGUGCGAGCGCGUGUUUUUUUGACGCGGGGGGUAGUAUGCGCGGGGGUGGUGUGUAUGGUGUUUAUGCUGAGACCAAGUAUGUGUAUGCUGUGAGUGGAAUGACAGAAAACCAUGCCCAAUCUUCGGCAGCCGCAGCUUUUUUUGCAAGGUAG